AUGAGUAAUUCCUUUUCUGCUGAAGAUGUCCGUGAUUUGCUAUCCAAGAUCUCCAAGUUAGAGGAGAAUUAUCGCUUAAAGCAAAUGGAAUUAGAAACAGAAAUCGAAAAGCACAAGAAAACACGUCAGGAUAUGGAAAAGUUGAGAGGAGAGGUUGCAAUUCUUGUGGAAGAGAAAAUUCGGCUAUGUGAGAAGGUUGGCGCUUUGACUGAGAGCUGCUCUUUAAAAGAUCGCUCUUAUGAAGUUCUGAAAAAAGAUUUGGACAAGAGACUGACAGAAUUGAGGGUAUUGGAGCAUCGCUUUUCGGAAGAAAGCGAAGCAUACAAAAAGAAAAGAGAAUCUUUCCGCCAAGAGAUCGACCAAAUCAACGAGAAGAUGAGCUGUUUUUUCCAUGGCUCGUCUCCACAAGACCUCUCCGUACCUUUGACCAAUGAGCAAAUACGGAAUCACGAGCUGUAUCGCAUGGUCGUGAAAGAGAAGGAAGAACAGGACGAAUCAAUGAAAUCGCUCAAAAAAGAAUUCUCUGAGUUAUCGGAAUAUUUGAAUAAGCUGGAAAGCGGAUAUUCUCAGAGUCUUGAGUACAUCAACCAUUUGGAGGGGAUUAUUUCUCAUCAAAGCGAGAGAAGAAGUGAUGAGUUCAUUUGUUUGUUCUAUGAAAUAUGCAAAUCGAAAAUACAAUUUUUUGUUUAUCCUUUGUUCGAAUAUAAUGCCAUAGUAGAAGAUAUACCAUAUAAAACCACAGGAAAGGAUCUCGUUCUUUUCUUUCUCCCAUGCGUCAAACCCGUCUCAAUAAACCUUUCAAUGCGUGAAGAUAAGAAUCUUAACAAUGGAUAUGGCUUUAUCGAAUUUAAGUCAAUCGAAGAAUGCACAAAAGCGAUCCAAUAUUGCAAGCGAGAAGCAUUUUGCGGAGAGAGGUUGACGGCUAAAAUGGCAAAAGAUGCGAUGAAAAGAGACGAAGAAGCAGAGAGUGGAGCAACGACGGAUGACUCAAAGCCGAUUUAUUUAAAGGAAUUCACUGAUGAGGAGCUACAUUCGAAAUUACAGAAAUUGGGAGAAGUAGCAAAGCGAAAUCCUAUUCAGGCGCAGCGUUUGUUGCAGCAGAACCCAAGUUUCUUGAACGGAGUGAUUGGGAAUUUGUUUCAACAAACGCAUCAUGUAUACUACUAUUACAUGACUACAAUUUCGUUUCUGAAUGGGCUUUCCCCUACUGUCAAGUCCAUGUCGUGUCACUUACUUCUGUCAUCCAUGCAGGGAGCGUCAUCUGGGUUCCACGUCCAAUACCUGAGUUCCCUUGCGAAUGUUCUCUUCUAA